GACACUUUUGCUGAAAAGUAACUAUUUUGUGAGAUAAUAGUUUACGCUUUGAGUUUAUAAACUGUAAGGGACAGUAAGGAACCGCCGGGAAAGAUAAAUAGGAUAUCUGUUGAACUGCACGGACUCAGUUCAAGUCGCUCUUUAACAUUGGAGCUCUGCUUGUUCAGUGAGGAUGACGGAGUAUAAACUGGUGGUCGUGGGAGCUGGUGGUGUGGGCAAGAGUGCUCUCACCAUUCAGCUCAUCCAGAACCACUUUGUGGACGAAUACGACCCUACCAUAGAGGACUCGUACAGGAAGCAGGUGGUGAUUGACGGGGAGACGUGCCUGCUAGACAUCCUGGACACAGCGGGUCAGGAGGAGUACAGCGCCAUGAGGGACCAGUACAUGAGGACAGGAGAGGGCUUCCUCUGUGUCUUCGCCAUCAACAACACCAAGUCCUUCGAGGACAUCCACCAGUACAGGGAACAGAUCAAGCGUGUGAAGGACUCGGAUGACGUGCCCAUGGUGCUUGUGGGGAACAAGUGUGACCUGCCCGCGCGCACGGUGGACACAAGGCAAGCCCAGGAGCUGGCCCGCUCCUACGGCAUUCCGUACAUCGAGACCUCUGCCAAGACACGACAGGGAGUGGAGGAUGCCUUCUACACGCUGGUCAGGGAGAUCAGACAGCACAAGCUGAGGAAGCUCAACCCCCCUGACGAGAGCGGCCAGGACUGUCUGAGCUGUCGCUGUGUGGUGUCGUGAUGGAGCUCGGCUGCUGUGAUUGAGGAGUGGACCUAUGGCGCGCAGUGGCAGCAUGGACUGAAGAUUGACAGGGAAAGAGGAACCAACAUAAACAUAAGAACUUUUUAAGAGGACGGUCAAAGAGAAGCAACCACCUGGCUGACUUUUACCCAUGGAUACUGGGGAGAGGGGAGCCUUGCUCCCUGCCUGCCCAGCCUGGGCUGUGCAACUCUGGGGUGGGAUAGGCUAAACGGCCCCCCUCUUUGAUUCCAUGUCUGCCAGACCAACACCACUACUGACUCUGUAUAAUCCAGUGUGAUCGUGCUGGGAAGCUCCAUGAGGUCUUGCUAACUUAUUGUUUAACAGUCUCAACACUGGUCUUAACUUGGGGGUGUGGGCGGUCACCAGCCCCCCCCUCCCCCCAAUAUGAAAGUCUGCUUCUAUCCCUUACCCCGCCGUACCCCCUGGAUGGACCGGACAAUAGUUACCCCCACCAACCUCGAUCAACCGCCCCUCACGUCUCCAAGGGGACGCCACCGUAACCUCAUUGUUCUGGGUAGACUACGGGGAAAGGGACAGAAAGCCUCAUAAGAUUGUAUUGUUUUCACGAUUUAGCCUAGCUGCAAAACCCCGAUUUUUAUUUUAUUUUUUAUUUCCAAUAAUGAAAUUGUGUCGAAAUGACACUUUUUGAUUUGAAGGUUUUUGAGGGUGGUCAUACUCUAUGCUGUAAGAGAGAAAGGAUGUGUAUUUAGAGGAACGGGUGGUUGCCAUGUUUUUUCAAGGCCCCGUUGCUGUUAGGAAGUCCUUAUUUGGUUGUGGACAAAGUUAUGGUUCAAACCGAUGGACGGACUCAUAGUCCUAGAAUGCCCUACCUUCUUCUUCACAGACCUGCACGUGUGUGUUAAGGAUCUUCUUUGUGAAGUAAUGAUAGUAAUGACGAGUGUAGGUUCUGGUGCAAUAGGAUUGUUACUGUUUGACUAGUUAAGGAUUGGGAAUAAAAUCUCUCAUGGCUAUUUAUUUGCUUGUAUUUCUUGGUUGGAGAACAUAGGGGGGCAUGAGGUGUAUGGACUUGCAGUCUGUCACGGCUCCAGGGAGACUAGUGCCACCCAUGUGGGUGUGUGUAGUGCUUGUCUUUACUCUGAUAUCAGGACAGGCAUGCCGACAUCUUGAUAAACCUGUAGAGCACGGUUCUUCAGGAACUUGAAACACUAUAUUGUACAGAUUGAUUUAGUGGUAUUCAACAAGACGUGAGUGGCAUUGAUUAUCUUUCUAACAUUUACUUCCCCUGUGGUAGCGUUCCAGUGUUUAGCUUGUUUUGAAUGAAGCCAGGUGUUAAGCAGGUAUGCAUCGGUCCUCACUGUGUUUUGAGAUGAGGCUCAGGAAUCAGGGUCCAGACUGGUCUCUCCACCUGUCAUCCUGGAGUCCCGGAAGGAAUGUCACAAUUCACCCUCACAGAUUGUAAUGCACAAACCAAAUCCUGCCUUAAAUUACUAGUCAUUUGUGGGGCAAAAAUAAUUGCUUUUCUCAAACCUUCCCUCUCUCGCGUAUGCCUCUUCAGAUAGUCAAUCUAUAGAAUUGAAUGGAGUCAUCUAGGAGCCAUUUUGAUUUGUGAAUCGUGAGAAAUGUGUGAUUGAUAAUAGAAGUUAUUGCUUUGAUGAACUUUUAUCUCCAGAAUAAACAACAACUAGCGAUAGGCAGCCAUGAUGCUUUGUCCUUUUCGACUUGCCUUAUCUGUUUGCUAGGUAGUAACUCCUGUCUUGUAUAAAACCCCUGUGUUGGAGCAGUGAGUGCGCCUCAGAUGGGCUUUGGUGUGAUGUGUAUCAGUUUCCUUGUUGGGAGCAUAUGUGAUUUGAGUGACGGGUGACGUUAGAGAGGUGAACUGAAUGUGGUCUCGCUCAGUCCUUCAUCUGUUGUUUUCUCCACAGACAGACAGACUGCAGGGAGUUCCACAGGGAGACAGUAGUGGGUGAUCCUUCACAGCAUGGCCUGUCUGAUUAGUUAAAGGUUGUUUGUCUUUUAGUCAAAAGUGUGUGUGUAUAAUGAUUUGAAUCUUAAUUUUACUGUAAAAAGCCUAUCUAUGGUAUUUUCUUCCCAUGUUAAGGUACUCACUGGUCCCUACAGUUAACAGGUAUGACACGAUAGCAAAGUCGAAGUCACUUAAACGUCUCUGAGCUCUCCCCUUUGCCUUUGAAAUGAAAAUGAAUAAUGAAAGUAUUUUGACUUAAAUUCCAUACUAACCCCUUUAGAGCUUGUUGAAAUGUUUGUGGUGCCCCACAAUUUCUGUGUAAACAGAUUUAACAGGAAGGCACCAUCCUUCUCCCCCCCCCCCCCCCCCCCCAUUUUUGGUUAUGUCUUUCUUGUAUACAAUUACACUUGUUAAAACGUCUGCAGUCUCCCCAGCCCAAGGUACUCUGUUCUGGGUCUUUUCCUAUGUAUCUUUGGCUUGGCUCCAGUCAACAAAUAUCCAUGUACAUUGGUGGGAAGCUAGUCUUGGAUGCAGCAACCUCAGAAGACUGUCCUCUAGAACGUCUAAGGAUGAGACACUCAACCGUUUGGGCAUUUCUGAACUCAACAAAAAAGAUGGUUUAAGAGACUGAGAUUAAGAUGGCGGUCUUCAUGUAGCCUUUUUCUUAUUGAAUGGGGAACAGCAGUUAGGAGGUGGAUUGUCUCAUGAAUCUCAGGCGUUGUGUCAAAUGAUGCUUUUCGUCUAAGGAGAUUCUAAAGAUGGCUGUACCUAUUGUUAAUAAUCUGAUUAUUGUUGAUGGUUUGUUUGGGCAGAAAACUGUGAAUAUAUGUGUUUUAACUAAUGAAUGACCAGAUAUUGUUUGUCUUUUAUGAGGAAAGGAAAGAGGUUUCAUGAUUUUCAAAAGAAACAACUAAUAUUUUAACGUUCCAUAAUUCCACAAUGCAAUUUUAAGAAGUGUGUGCUUCAUCUUUGAUCCCAGUCAAAAGUCUGUAAAUUUGUGUCGAGCAACAGAUAAUUAAAUCAGUUUUAACAAAUGGGUUCCACAUGUAGUUGGUGGUUAGGUAUGCCGUUAUUUGAUUGGUUCCUCUACUUGUCUUUCCCUACCUGGAUCAGCUUGCACUGAGUCACGCCUGAAGGUAAAUGAUCAUUUUAGCAACACAGGAGCUGCACUCCAGCCUUAGGGAAAUAAAAGACCAGCAGCCAAACACAGGUUCCAUUGUCUCAACUGGGAAGAAACAUCUUGUGGCCUAAUCAUGGACUUUUGAGGUUGUGCACAAGGACAGAAUCAUGACUAAGGGCUUGCUUCUCUCUUGGCAACUGUGCUAGGGAGGACAUGGUGGGUUCAAAUGUAUUGCGAAAUUGUCAAUUGUUUUAACUAUUUAAGAUGUAUUUACUCAAGCAAACUGGCAAAUGUAUAGCAGGACAGGAAUAAAGAUGUCAAAAUGAA